UUGCUUGUUGAUGCCAGCAGAUAAGCCUGGCAAACCUCGGUGUGAUUGAAGAAGCCAGUCUGAGACUCAGCCUAGCUCAGGCAAGCUACCGGCCCCUGGCUGUGCUCAACUAGCGUCGACACAAUGGUGUUUGCAUUUUGGAAGGUUUUUCUGAUCCUAAACUGCCUCAUAGGUCAAGUUAAUGUGGUGCAAGUGACCAUCCCAGAGAGUGUUGUGAAUGUGACUGUCGGAUCUGAUGUCACGCUCAUCUGCACCUAUACUUCCACUGUGGCCACUCGGGAUAAGCUUUCCAUCCAAUGGUCAUUCAUUCAUAAGAAGGAGUCACUACUAACUUCUCACAGCCCGUGCCUCAAUACUGAGAGUAUGGAGGAAAAGGCAGUCAGUCAGUGUCUAACAAUGGUGCAUGCAAGAGACGCUCGGGGAAGAUGUAGCUGGACCUCUCAGAUCUACUAUUCUGAAGGUGGACAAGCUACAGCCAUUGGGCAAUUUAAAGGUCGCAUCGUAGGGUCCAAUGAUCAAGAUAAUGCAUCUAUCACCAUUUCGCAUAUGCAGCCAGCCGACAGUGGCAGCUACAUCUGCGAUGUUAACAACCCCCCUGACUUUGCUGGCAAAAAUCAAGGCAUCAUCAACGUCAAUGUGUUAGUCAAGCCUUCGAAGCCUGUUUGCCGCAUUCAAGGAAUACCAGAAGCUGGCUAUCCUACAUCACUUUCUUGCCUCUCGGUUCUUGGAACACCUUCCCCUGUGUACAACUGGUAUAAACUUGAAGGAAGUAACAUUGUCCCAGUGAAAGAAAACUUUGACCCAGCCACCGGGAUUUUGGUUUUUGGAAAUCUGACCAAUUUUGAACAAGGUUAUUACCAGUGCACUGCCACCAACUUCCUUGGCAAUAGCUCCUGUGAAAUUGAUCUAACUUAUUCACAUCCGGAAGUUGGAAUCAUCCUCGGGGCCUUGGUGGGCUCCCUAGUGGGCGCUGCCAUUAUCGUCUCUGUUGUGUGCUUUGCAAGGAGCAAGGCAAAGGGGAAAGAAAGGAAGAGACAUUCUAAAACCGCCACAGAACUUGAGCCGAUGGCAGAGAGAAACCAGAACCCAGAGUUGGAUACAUUGCCAUCUGAUGACACCAUCCAACUAGAAGCACCUGUGCCAUCUUCCCAUGACACUGAUGUUGACACCAUCCAGAGGCCACAGUAUGAGCCGGCCCUGGAGCCUGCCCCAGAACCUGACCCUGUCCCCGUGACUGAGCCGGAGCCAGAACUGGAGACCAGGCCUGGGAUUGUAGUUGAGCCCAAGAAAAAGGGAGUGAAUAAGCCAUAGGCUGGUAGCCUAAGUUCAGUGUUCACCACAUUACUGGUGGUUGGAAUUAAGCUGACCUAAGCAAUCUCCUACCACCUCCCUCCAUUCUGACCAGCCCUCUUUUAACAAGGUGCUCCUACCAUCCAUCCAAAACAAGCAGCUCUACUAAAUAAACUAAUAAUAAGUGCAAGUGUUCCUGUAUUAGCAGUAUACUUACAAUUUUACUAACAUGUAAGCAUAGCAAAUGAAAAGGCAAGUGAUUUCUAACUCAAUUAAAAGUGUUUUGUAACAACACCUGUUUUGUAUUUCAGAAAAUCUUAUUUCUCUAUUUUUAGCUAUUCUUCUUUACAUUCCACAUGCAGGCAUGACAAGGUGGCAUUAAUUGGAUUCAGUUUUAUUUCUAAGACUAGUUGUCAGGGCUUCCCUAUUCAUUUUCACAUCAACCACUAAGAAUCCAUCAGCAUUGUCUCAUAGAUUGGAAAAAGUUCCUCAAAAGUUCCACAGGAGAAUAUGUAAAGGGUAUAUAUUAGUUGAUACAUAGCACUUAAACCUCAGCCUUAAAUUUAAUGCUUUAUUUAUUAUAUUAGAUUUCCCAAGGAAACACCCAGUUACCCAAUAUCAGAGCAUAGCAAAAAUUUUUAAUAACCCAAUUUUAAAAUCCAAAAUAACAUACAGGCAAACACAAUUUUCUUUAAGUGAAUAUGAAGUGUUAAUAUCAUUGGUUAAUAUCAAUUUAGCUUUGAGUGAUCUAUUAUGUUAUCACUGUGUCUGAUGCAAUCUGCUUUGGAAUAGCCAGACUAGGAAACUGUUCUAAAUGAACACUUAAGACCUAUUUUAGAUAAUCUGAAUUAAUUAUCUAAUCUGUUUUACUGUUGGGACAUACCACAUUAAUAGAGGGAUGUCAUUCUUGUAUAAAUAGUAAAUAUUAACUAAAAUGCACUGAUACCACUUCACUUGUUAAAAAACUAUCCCAUUGACCAUGUUUCACCCACAUCCCACCUUGAAGAAAUUUACAGGUAGACGUUUUCAAAAUUUACAGGCAGACAUUUUCAUUUGUAUAAUCAAUCAGAUUUUAAAUCUUAUUUUAAGGUUCAGUACAAUACUCUUAAUAAAAUAUUAUUUUAAUGAUCGUAAGGUCAUUGAAUAAAUCUUUUAUGAACAACUUUAUUGACAUAUACUUUAUGUACAUGCAACAAACUGCACCUAUUUCAAGUGUACAAUUUGAUGAGUUUUGACAGAUAUAUAUACCCAUGAAAGCACAACAAUCUAAACAGAAUAUUUCUAUCACCCCCAAAUGUUCCCUAUGCCCCUUUGUGCAAUCCCACCAUCACCCUGGACCUAGGCAACCACUGAUUUGUUUUCCAUCAUUACAGAUUAGCUUUGCCUUUUCUUGACCUUCAUAUGAAUUACCACAUCCAGAUUUUCAUGCAGAGAAUGUUCUUAAACCGUGAAGUCCUUUCUAUAUAGGUCAUACAUAUACACUAAUU